UGAUUGGCUGAGCGGACGUCCGCUUGGUUUGCCAAUCUUUCCUUCCCUCAGUGCAUCGGCAGCUUUUUCUGCCACCGAUUCUGUCCGCGAAGCCCUGACUCUUGGAAUUAUGGCGCAGAGAGUUUAUUGUUAAAGUCUCUGCGGCGGGAGAAAUCCUCCAAACCAGCAUUUCAGCUUCCACACCGUCGACGGUCCAUCAUGUUGUCCCGGCUGAGGAGCAGUUUUUCCUUGAGGCCGGCCUGUGUGUCCGCCUGCAGAUGGGCGCACACCAAAGAGAAGGGCAAGCCUUUAAUGCUCAACCCCCGCACCAACAAAGGAAUGGCCUUCUCGCUACAGGAGCGACAGAUUUUGGGCUUACACGGCCUCCUGCCUCCCAAAGUAGAAACGCAAGACCUCCAGGCCUUGCGCUUCCAGAACAAUCUCAAGAAAAUGACGGACCCGCUUGAAAAGUACAUCUACUUAAUGGGCAUCCAGGAGAGAAACGAGAGGCUCUUCUACAGAGUCCUGAUGGGAGACAUCGAGGAGCUGAUGCCCAUCGUCUACACACCCACCGUCGGCCUGGCCUGCACGCAGUACGGACACAUCUUCCGACGACCCAAGGGCUUGUUCAUCUCCAUUCUGGAUAGAGGACACAUCCGCUCCAUCUUGGACAACUGGCCAGAGACCAAUGUGGCAGCAGUCGUCGUGACUGAUGGAGAACGUAUUUUAGGCCUGGGCGACCUGGGCGUUUACGGCAUGGGAAUCCCCGUCGGCAAACUCUGCCUGUACACCGCGUGCGCCGGUAUCAGACCUGAGAAGUGUCUGCCCGUCGUGAUCGACGUGGGCACGGACAACGAGACUCUCCUCAAGGAUCCGCUCUACAUGGGCCUGUACCAGAGGAGAGACCGCUCCCAAGCUUACGACGAUCUCAUCGAUGAGUUCAUGGAGGCCGUGGUGGACAAAUAUGGACAGGACACGUUGAUCCAGUUUGAGGAUUUCGGGAACCACAACGCAUUUCGCUUCCUCAGGAAGUACCGGGAGAAGUACUGCACCUUCAAUGAUGAUAUCCAAGGCACUGCAGCUGUGGCUCUCGCCGGUCUGCUUGCGGCUCAGAGGGCCACCGGGAAGCCCAUCACAGAACACAGAGUGCUUUUCCUCGGCGCUGGAGAGGCUGCUCUCGGCAUCGCAAACCUGAUCGUCAUGGCCAUGAUGGAGUCGGGCAUGACACAGGCGGACGCCAGGCGGAAAAUUUGGAUGUUCGACAAAGACGGCUUGCUCGUUAAGGGAAGGUUGCAGGGCACGGACGGCAACCAGGAAGCGUUUGUUCACGACAGCCCCGGUGACGUUCACAGCUUUUUGGAUGCCGUCAACACCAUCAGACCCACGGCUAUCAUUGGCGUGGCGGGAGCCGGUCGACUCUUCGGCCACGACGUCAUCACAGCCAUGGGCGCCAUCAACGAGCGGCCCAUCGUCUUCGCCCUCAGCAACCCCACUGCCAAAGCGGAGUGUACCGCCGAGGAUGCCUACACGCUGACAGAUGGUAGAUGUCUUUUUGCCAGCGGAAGUCCAUUCAAUCCCGUGACUCUGAGCGACGGGCGAGUCUUCACUCCCGGACAAGGCAACAACGCUUACAUCUUCCCUGGCGUGGCUCUGGCCGUCAUCCUGAGCGGCGUGCGCCACAUCAGUGACACGGUUUUCUUGGAGGCCGCCAAGACUUUGGCAGAACAGGUGACCGACAAAGAGCUGGAAGAAGGCCGACUGUACCCGCCUCUUUCCAACAUCAGAGAAGUUUCUCUCCAGAUGGCUGUCAAAGUGGUGGAGUUUGUGUACGCCAAAGGAAUGGCGUUCCGCUACCCGGAGCCAGUGGACAAGAAUGCCUUCGUGCACGCCACCGUGUGGAACACAAACUACGACUCCUUCCUCCCCGACACCUACGACUGGCCUGCGGUCAGCUUCAGCCCCAAGUCCAGUCACUAGAAAGAAGUACACUCACUCACUCCUUUUAGUCACUCCUUUCCGCUCCAUUCACGACUACCGCACUGAAAAAGGGCAAUGGGACGUGUAUUAUGUAUUAUUAUAUGUUAUUUCGGGUUUGGAACUGGCACUGUUGUUUCUGGCCUGUACAACGAGGAUACUUUAAACACUCGCAUCCACUAAUGCACAGGUGUCAAACUCAAGGGCCAGGGGCCAGAUCUCUUCCACCACGUGAUUUUAUGUGGCCCGCGAAGGCGAAUUGUGUGUAACAACUUCCAUCAUUUUUAUUUUUUUUUAAAUCUGUAUCAAAGUUUCAGAGUCACAUCAUAGAUGAUAACGUUGAGAUAAUGAAAGCAUUUUUUUCUUACCAAACAUAAACAAUAGUUGAAAAUAUAAAUAAAUAAAUUUCAUGUGUAAAUAUGAUGAGUUUGUUUAAGAUUUUAAUGGUUUCGCAGUCAUUAUGGCCCUCUGAGGGAAACCGGAACUAUAAUGUGGCCCGCAACAAAUAGGAGUUUGACACCCCUGCCCUAGUGGGGGGAAAAAAAGGCAGCACAAAAAUAUAGUUUAAGCACUGAAAACAUUUAGAGCAGCGCAAGCUGAGCAAGCAAGUAAUUGGCAUUCAGAUCAAGCAGGGUGCACGUAUUUAUCUUUUUUUUUUUUUUUUUUUUUAAUGUGAAAGAACCCACACAGGCUGAGGAAAACAAAUCUUACAGUGUGUGGCUUGCUGAAGAUGAGAAACUCCAAUUGUGUUAAACGUGUUUAACAUCUACUGAUUAUCAGGUCUGACUGUUUUCCGAACAGAAUCAGAAGGGAAGACUUCCUAAAGUUAAAAGUUACAUUAGGCCCGAUUAUCAGCAUUGGUGCACCCCGCUUAAAUUAUUCCAGAUUGUACCGCAAACAAAACCUUGCGGAUUUAUUUAAAAAUCUUUUUCUUGUUUUGCACAUAAAAUAACUGUGAACAAGUUCAAUAUACAGUAUAUAUUUAAAAACACUCCGAGUAGAAAAAGUCACAUUAUUAUUAUUAACAUGCAGCUAAAACAGCAUCCAUGUUUGUCCAUCCAUUAAUGUUAAUUUUUGUGUGUCAUUCGAUUUGCUGUUGUGUAUUAUUUAUAACUCUCCUUUUAAUGACUUAACACGGUUAUUAUGAAGUUUUUUUUUUUUUUCCCAAAGUGAGGGUGGAACUUAGAUGUACAGUUCACGUUAUAUUGAUCCUGACACCCCCCGUGAACCUGGUGUGCUUCACAUUGCUAUUUUAAUUUUUGGUCAAUGGUGCCUGCUCAACAUGGUGCUUUCUUCAGGUUUUUUUUUUUUUUUGUAAGCUAACAAAGGGAUUCUUUUAAACUACUGUGUUAAAUCUCCUUUAAAAGUACACAAUCAUUCACUUCCCAAACAAUUUGCUUGGAGACCUCCUUUAAUCUGAGGGCACUAUUUCUGUUCACUUUAUGCCCCCCCCCCAAAAAAAAAAAAAAAUAUAUAUAUAUAUAUAUAUAUAUAUAUACACACAAUUGUCCGAUGCUGAUUGAAAUAGAUUCUAACCUUUUUAAUAAUUCAAAAUACCAAUAAUGUAUUUUCUGUACUGUGCAGAUUUUUUACAGCACCUACAAGUCAUUUUUGCAAAAUCGACAUGGGAAAAAAAGAGUAAAAUAUUUAGGUCUAUUUUUCUAAUGUACUAUAGGUACAUAAAAGGCAUCUUUAUUUAUUCCUUCAUAUUUCUGCACAGUUUUGUUAUUGUGAUCUCACGCACUGGAAACGGGCAAACGACACGGCCGAGAAGUAAACAUGAAGCAAAUAUUUAUGAUAAAAACUUGACGCACAUGACAUUGUUGAAUGCCCGGACGUCAUUUAACAUUUUUUUUUAUCAAUUGUUGUCAUCUGUGCUGCUGCUAAUUGGCUGCGUAACGUCAGGUUUGUUAGCUGUUGUAUCCCGAAUAUAUCUUGUACUCUCAUGUCCAGAAUGUAUGUAUUUUCAAGAAAAUCACAACUACUGAGUGUUGUCUGUUUUGCCACUGUACUGUAUGACAUAAGUGUACACUGUAUUUUGGUAUCAUAAAAUGUUGAUUUGUACUGAAUAGCAAAAUGGCCUUAUCCUCUGUCUGCGGAGAACCCAAUAUUGAUGCUGCUUGAUAAAUGUUUGUUUUCAAGAGAUGAAU